AUGGUUCUAUCGAUGAUGGCUGCAGUCAACAUAUACUCGGAUGCCAUAAAGAGACUCAAUUUCCUGAAAACAAGAUUCGGCUGCUCGGACAUCCCCCUUGAAUAUCGGGAAGAUCAGAGCGCGAGGAUCACGCUUUUCAAUGAUACGGUGAAGAAACGUAUCAAAGAGAGGAAUCCCUCAUUAAUCUUGAUAUUGCUCGCUGGCGUGGCUUCUGCGAGAUGGUCCUCGUUCUGCCCUCGUCGAUGUCGGUGCAACGAUGCCGAGCUCACGGUCAACUGCCAGGACGCAUCUCUGGACGUUUUCCCCGCUACCCUGCAUCCGAUGCUGAAGGAAAUCCGCCUUUCGAAAAACAACAUCGCGAUCAUACACUCUGCAAUCGGGGUUUAUUCUGAUCUCGAAGUGGUCGACCUCAGCGUGAACCGAAUUUCGGAGCUCGGCGAAGACAGUUUCGCUCUUCAGGGUCUUCGCGAAGUCGACUUGAGCUUCAACUUCAUCAAGGAGCUAAGCGUCAAGACUUUCCGUGGAGCAGGGAGUCUACGGACACUGAUUCUGAAGAAGAACCUCCUGACGGAACUUCGUCCGAAUGUCUUCAGCGAGUUGAAGAGCCUCGAGGUCCUCGACUUGUCCAACAAUCACAUCUCGGCCAUAAAUCCCGCGGCUUUCACGGGACUCGAGAACAUCAAGAAGAUCGUUCUCCGAGCGAAUCAUUUCCGCGCAGUUCCAACCGAAUCGUUCAUUUACCUCGGCCACCUGAAGAGUUUGGAUCUCGGCUCGAACGCCCUGUCGAUGGUGGACGAAUCUGCUUUCUAUCACUUGAGCUCUCUCGAAGAACUCGAGCUCGAUAAAUGCGGUAUCGCUCAGAUCGACCCGGCUGCAUUCACCGGACUCAAGCAAGUCAAGUCCCUCAAUCUCCAGUACAACAACGUGCAGAGUUUCCCCAAGGCUAUAAACUCCCUCGAAAUGCUCCAAGAGCUCAACAUCGGAGGCAAUUUGAUUACUCGGCUGAGCACCAAGGACUUGAGAACUUCGUACCGACUGAAGAAAUUCGUUCUGAGCUAUUCGGAAAUGUUCAGCAGGAUCGACGAAGACGCUUUCGCAGCAAACCUCGAGCUAGAGGAAGUUAUCAUGGAGUUCAAUAUGCAGCUCGAGAAGCUACCGAUGAACUUGUUCGGUGGACUGCCGAUGCUGAGGCACAUCAGCCUCAAGGGCAAUGGCAUUCGUCACUUAGAUCCGCAUCUUCUGCCAGUCGAAAUGCUCGAAUCGUUCGACGUAACGAAGAAUCCCUUGGAAUGCAACUGUGAUCUACUCUGGUUGUGGCAGCAUCUGCAGCAAGACGUCUUCUACCACAACAGCUCGAUGGUUCGCUGCGCUGGUCCAAGUCGACUCCAGGGCGAGCUGUUGCGGAAUCUCGACGAAAGCGACCUCGACUGCGGAGGUGACGCAAAACGAGGUCUUCUCGUUGGAGCACUGUCUCUCUUCGGUGCUGUGCUCAUGGUGGUGGGAGGUUUGAUGAUGUGGUACGGUCGCCGAUCUACACCACAGCGAGACCCCGUGAAAACGCUGAAGCAGAUGGAAAGCGGCACUUCGGUGUAUGCUCAGUAUCAGGACAAUAAGUACCCGUACGUCCUGCAGCCCACCAUCAUCCAGAGCAUGCCGACGUCGAGUGUCGGCUACGCCGGUCUCACGCCGAGGGGCAUGCCGUCGUACAUGGUGAGCUUACCUCGAGAUACGGUCCGGGUUGACACCUCAAACCAUAUCUAUCAGACGCUCAGAUCGUCGAUGUCGUCGGCGAGCGAAUCGGAUUCAGCCAAGUAUUUCACGCUCGACAGCGACCGGCAGUCGAGCUUGUACGUCUAGUUGUGAAUAGAUAGAAGAGGAUGAACUGUACAAAGAGCCAAUGAACAUUCCGUAGAGACAGCGAAGCUGCAAGUGAAUAGAUAUCUCACGAGUUGAUAUAUCUGUAAAAAGGUGAUGUACAUAGUCAACAUCUGCGCAUGCGCAGUGAUGCUUCCAACUGUGAUCUCUCGAGUUGAUCUCGACAAAUAUUUCUAGAUUUUGAAAUCCGUUUCCCCCUCUGCCUCGCGAGUACCAUGAGGGGGAUGAGUCCGCGAAUAGGUAGGGAGUUCAUGCGGAAAUGAACGGUA